ACAACCACCUUUUGAAUCUAGAUUAUCCCCUACUAUCCGAUUAACAACCCUGCUCUUGUGUGGAUUGGGUUAUUUGAACAACAAGUGUAGUGUGACAGUCAUCAGUCAGCUGUCAGAAAAAGAGAGGGAAGAAGCGCAAGAAAAAUAAAAAGGUCACGAGAUUUCUCGGAGUCGCCGGGACCAGAGAUCCCACGCCGCAUAAGACUUCCUCCACCCAUCCACGUAUGUGACUACACGUCAGAUAUUCAGCAAAACGAGCCGACCCCCACGAGAACCCUUCGUGCCAUCCUCUAAACUGAAGUCUACAUACGCGUUGCCAUGUUACGAGCACUUCGGCUGCCAACCCCGGGGCGGCUACCCCAAUCCCUCGCCACGAGCACGAGCACCACGAUGACGAGGGCAACGACGACAUUGCCCUCUCCUCUGCAGCGGUUCGCAGCACAGGCCUGGAGGAACACACAACCAAGGAGCAUACACACAGCCUCAGGCAGCAAGAGGAUCACCGAGCAAGUCUGGAGGACAGGGACAGGGACCUCCUCAACCCCACGGAACCCGCAGGCAUGGAAGGGCACAGGAGGGACAACACUCUCGAGAACGCAGAGGAGAAACUUUGGCUGGUCGUGGGCGCGGCAGUCACAGGGCGGCGGGGCCAAACAGGAGCCGUCCCUCUCCUUCAGCGCGCGCAUGCGCAAGCUCUCGCGCGAGUACGGCUGGGCCGCGGUCGGCGUGUACCUGAGCCUCAGCGUCGCCGACUUUCCCUUUUGCUUUUUGCUGGUGAAGUGGGUUGGCACGGAUCGCAUCGCCGAGUUCGAGCACUGGAUCACAUCGAACGUCAAGAAGUUCAUCCCCGACAGCGUGAAGCAGCAGUGGCGCGAGUGGCGGGCGGAGAUGAAAGGCGUCGAGAAGGAGCAGAUUGGUGACAACCAUAUCAGCAACGACGUCGAGAUGGUGGGCUGGGGUGUAGAGGAGGCACAGGAGAGGCACAAGGCGGACGCAAGUCUCGCGACGCAGCUCGCCCUCGCCUACGCCAUCCACAAGAGCUUCAUCUUCGUCCGCGUCCCCCUGACCGCUGCCGUGACACCCAAAGUUGUCAAGGUCCUGCGGUCGUGGGGUUGGCAGAUUGGCAAGAGGAAGCCCAAAACCACCCGGUGAGUGCCUCUAAUGGCCUGUAUAGGUACCGGGUGGGCUUGUAUAUCACAGUAAGUUUCCCCCCUGGCAGGAUCUCUCUUCUCCAGGUUGAUUUUCUGCGUGCCUACAUUGAAAGGAAAAGGCACAAAGGCAGCAUCAGCAUUCAGCAUCAGCGAUUUAGAGAGAAAAGGAACCAGGCGUAAGGUGUGGCAGAUUUGCAGAGGAAAAAAGAAUAUCCUAUUUUCAAAGGCGGCGACCUUUGCCGCCGAGUUUGUACAGUCCAUCUAUUACGUCCUUGUAGACCACAUCACACCUCAUAAACAGAAUACCCAGAGCGCAAGAACAAGCUCGACCAUGCCAUCCCAUCCAGCGGUUUCGCCCGUGGGUCUUGGACAUGUCGUCUGCAUUCGACUCUUGCGGAGUCCACAGCAAAAGGGAAAAUUUUCACCGCCAUUCGACAAUUUGAGAUAAAAAACGUCAUGAGAUGUCAUGCCAUGGG